GAGAGAGAGAGAGAGAGAGAGAGAGAGAGAGAGAGAGAGAGAGGGAGAAGAGAGAGAGACUCUAGAGGGAGGAAGAACAGAGCCACUCUGAAAACUCGAUUCCGAAGCUAAACCCUAGAAUCGUGUAGCUUGCAGUCCUCCCCAUUUCUCUCCUACAUUUUCUUUUUCCUCAGUGAUUCGCAUUGUCAUUAGAUCGGAGGAAAAAGAAAUCUCGCAAUCUUCCUCUUUCUCUCUCAUUUUCCGGGAAAAGUUUUCGGAUCUUCGCGAAGCAGCUCAAUAAUCAUGGUGUUUUGGGUAUUUGGGUAUGGUUCACUGGUGUGGAACCCAGGAUUUGAAUUUGAUGAGAAAAUUAUAGGCUAUAUCAAGGAUUAUAAACGUGUAUUCGACCUUGCAUGCAUAGAUCAUAGAGGUACACCGGAAAAUCCUGCUAGAACUCUCACGUUAGAACACGAAGACGGAGCUAUUUGUUGGGGAGCAGCUUACUGUGUGCGGGGAAGUCUUGAAAGGGAAAGAGUAGCAAUGGAAUAUUUGGAGCAUAGAGAAUGUGAAUAUGAUCAAAAGACACUAGUUAAUUUCUACAAGGAAGAGAACUGUCUUGAGCCUGCCCUCACAGGAGUAAUUGUUUUCACAUCCACUCCUGACAAAGAACUUAACAAAUACUACCUUGGUCCCGCCCCAUUAGACGAUAUGGCUAGACAAAUCGCAACUGCCGUUGGACCUUGUGGAAACAACAGAGAUUAUAUUUUCAUGUUAGAGAAGGCACUGUUUGACAUAGGUCAUGAGGAGGAAAUGGUGAUCGAGCUUGCUAAUGAGGUGAGGAAAGUCUGCGAGAUUCUCGAAAACGAAAUCUCGAGGGAGAACAAACUGCUCGGAGCAGCACCCCACAUUGCACUCAAGUCGCAUAUCCCAGCCUUAGAACUGCAACCCCUUCCUGAAGCCAUAGCCACAGAUUCCUAACUUCGAUAUCUCAUCGCAAAGGAAACGAAGCAAACCAGAGACUUCCAAAGAUGGCUAACGACAGUUACUACCACGCUUAGAUCUGUUAGUACUCGACCUUACUACUAGGACUUAGCUUUACAAAUCGUUAGCACUCUCGGUUAUUUACAAUAGUAGUAGUUCUGUUCGUUUUGCAAUCAUGAACUUUGGACAUUAUAAUCCUGUUCUAAUGUUUAUUUGGAUGAACCAUAAUUUGCUGCGAAAAUGUGGUUAAGGAGAAGAAUGACUACCGUCGCUUGUUUCAGUAUGAUA